AAAAAACCAACCUCAGAAUCCUCGUCCUCCUAAUCAGCCUCAUUUCUAGUCCUCCUCAAAUCUCACAGAAUCUGUCUCAUAUGCCUUCAUGAUUUAACCUGUGGUCCAUCAAUUUUCAUUGUUCAGUGAAGAAGAAAGUGGGCUCCCCCAUUUGAUCCUCGGCUGCCUCUAAUCUAACCCUAAAUUCAGGUAACAAAGGCAGAAAAAUGGUCCUUCCAGCUGCACUGGUUUAUUCUUGUCUUCUUCUACCACUCCUGUUUUCAUCAUCUCUCUGUUCCCCUCUGAUUUCGACCAACCCGACUCCGGCUACAUGGCCACCCCAAUUCCACGCCAUCCUCUACAUGAACACAAACGGAACCCUCCAAAAGGUUGACCUCUGGUAUGACUGGCCUAAUGGCCGGAACUUCAACAUUAUUCAAAACCAGCUUGGGCAGCUUCUCUAUGAUCUGGAAUGGGACAAUGGGACUUCGUAUAUCUAUACAUUGGACAGUGACAGAGAAUGCAGGGUGCUGCAUUUCCCUGUGGGAAUACUUGGACCCAGUUGGCUCGAAGGCGCAAACUACCUCGGUCAGCAAUACAUGGAUGGAUUUCUAUGCAAUGUUUGGGAGAAGGUUGAUUUCAUUUGGUACUAUGAAGAUGUUGUCUCCAAAGUACCUGUGUAUUGGGCUUUCUACAAUGGGAUGACUGCACAUGUGAUGACCUUUGAGGUUGGAAGAGUGCUUGAUGAUCCCAACUGGCAAGCCCCUGUGUACUGUUUCAUGGAUGCUGAGGAGGAAAAGAAACCACUUGUACAAUCUAGUGUUGGCCCUCAUGGGAGCCUGAUGAAAGGGGUUAUGGGUGUUUUGAAGGUGCUUUGACUCUGACUAGUUUCUGUGAGGCUAAAUUUGAGUUUGGCAUUAGUCUUAAAUCGUCUCUCGGAUGAGAAUAAUCAACUUCUCGUUGUUAUAAUCGAUAUAAUUUAUAACGCGUGUCCAGUUAU